AUGUGGGGGAAUCCAACAGCACACAAAGAUCUCAUAGGCCACAAGAACUUGUGGCUCACAAAAUUCCCCUCUUUUUCUGAGAAAGAGAAGGAGCAAGCCAGCAACAACAAGAGAGAUAUUCCUGACCCUGACCCUGACCCUCAUCACCGUUUUUAUAACUCAGGAAUGUCAGAAGUUAAAGACUCUGCGAUAAAGCUCUUUGGAAGGACAAUUUCCCUGUCACACCAUGAUUCUUCUGUACCUCAGCGUCUCUCUUGUUGUCCUUCAUCUUCGUCUUCUCUCCCGCAAGUCACCUCUGCACCACAACACCACCAAGAAGACGAGGAACCAUUAAGGAAAGAACUUACCUCACUUGAAGAUGAUGAUGCCUCAUCACAUAAAACCACAGAAGAUUUAAAAUCUCCUACAACAUCCUCAGGCAUACUCGAGAAUCCUAAGACUCCCUCAGUGGAAACAGAGACAUCACUGAUGAAAUCCCCUGCAAAUGGAGAACAAAGCGAGACUAGUGCUUCUGAAGAAAAAACACCGAAGAAACCUGACAAGGUACUUCCAUGUCCACGUUGCAAUAGCAUGGAAACCAAAUUCUGCUAUUACAACAACUACAACGUCAACCAGCCUCGUCAUUUCUGCAAGAACUGUCAAAGAUACUGGACUGCAGGAGGAACAAUGAGGAAUGUGCCGGUGGGGGCUGGUCGCAGAAAAAACAAGAACACUUCAGCGGCUGCAUCACAUUACGGGAACAUAAUGAUCCCGGAAGCACUCCAAGGUGCUACACUCAAUGUCUCCAAUGGAUUGCAUAAUGCCCUUUUGGGAAACGGAGCAGCUGUGUUGAGUUUUGGUCCUGAUUCCCCUCUCUGUGAUUCCAUGGCUUCUGUUUUGAACAUUGCUGAGCGAGCACAAAGUUGUGUAUCAAAUGGGUUUCAUGCAAAUGAGACAAAUAGUUUUGUUUCCUUUAGUAAGGAAGGUGAUGGGGGUGCUCAUUCUACUGGAGUUUCUGUUUCAACAACUUCAACUUCCAGCCAUAGUGGCUCACAUGAAACAGUGGAUAAAAGAGUUGAAGGUUUCACUCCUCAAUUACCAUACUUCUCAAGUGCCCCUUGGCCAUAUCCUAUGCCUCCUCCUACAUUCUGCCCACCAGGCUACCCUUUAUCAUUCUAUCCUACACCAGCAUAUUGGGGUUGUAUACCACCCUCUUGGAAUAUGUCAUGUAUCACACCCCAAUCUUCUGUUAACAACUCUGUCUCUGCCCCUACUUUGGGGAAACAUUCUAGGAAUGGGAAAAUCAUCACCUCAUCCAAUCCACAGAAAGAAAUGCGUGAUGUAGAUUCAGAACACAAUUUCUUGAUCCCCAGGACUCUAAGAAUUGAUGACCCUAGUGAAACUACAAAGAGUUCCAUGUGGUCAAAACUAGGAACCAAGGAUGACAAGGCCAGUUCUGGAGGCCUUUUCAAAGCAUUUCCAUCCAAGGGAAAUGGCACGAAUCACAUGGUUGAAGCAUCAUCAGUGUUGCAAGCCAACCCUGCAGCUCUAUCGCGCUCUCUUACCUUCCAUGAACAAACCUGA